AUGGACGCCUACGAUAGGAAGAGCGCGAGCGGAGACGCCACCCGCGACAAGGGAAUCACUCUCGCCAGGGCAAAUUUCGCCACGCUCAUCGACAUCCCGCCACGGCAUCGGCCCAAACAGCAAGCGGCCGCGCGGAGGGCCACCGAAUUGGACUUUCAGUUCGACAACAUAAGGUCUAUUCUGCGUUGCUCGAACUCCACGCCGAUCAGCCGCCUGCACGGUGGACUGUACGUCUGUGGCUACUGUCCGGACGGCUUCCCGACGCCUGGCAAAUUGAAACAGCACACACUGGAAGCGCACGGCUCGGACAAGCCCGAGUGUCUCAGAACGCCGUCCCUCUCCAAGUACAUCGUACUCCUGGACGUGACGGCGCUGGCCUGCCGCCUAUGCGAUGACGUCAUACGCAGCCUUCCCGACCUGAUGCGCCACCUGGAGAGCGCCCACGCGCAGCCGAUACACACGGACGUGAAGAGCCAUUUGGUGCUCCUCGACCUCCCGGAGCGGACGAUGCGGUGCCCGCAGUGCGGCGAGCGCUUCGCAGACUUCGAGGCCCUGGUAGGGCACGCGAGCUCGCACAAUAGGAAUUAUCCUUGCGAGCUGUGUGUAGACAGAUGGUUCGUGAACAAGCACCUCAUGAUGGAGCACAAGAGGGCCGUGCACUUCUUCAAGCCGAGGAUAGCGUACAUCGAGAUCACCGCGGAGCCGAUCAAGCGGGCCAGUUCAGAGGGCGAGCGGCCGCGCCGGGUGCAGAUACUGCUGCGCAAGAAGAACGAACUCGACCUGCACAUGAGCAACCUGAAAGUGAUACUGGACAAUUCGAACGCGACCACGAUCCGGUGCCGCGGCGGCGUCGGCUACGCGUGCUGUUUCUGCGACGAGCAAUACCCCGACCCGGCGGACCUCAAGCGACACACGACCACCCACCGCGACGUCUUCGAGUCCAGCUUCAUGAAGAGCCAGGCGAUGCCGACGCUCCUAAUCAAGCUGGACAUCACCGGCCUCCGCUGCAGCAACUGCGGCGAGCAGCUGCCCGAGCUGGAGGACCUGCUCGCCCAUCUGGAGAGCGAGCACGGCGUCCAACACCACCGCGGCAUCGACAGCCACAUAGUCCCGUUCCGCUUCGACGGCGACGCGCUGCACUGCGUCGUCUGCAAGCGCGCCUUCAGCAACUUCAAGGUGCUGCUCGAGCACAUGAACACGCACUACAGGAACCACGUGUGCGGCGUGUGCGGCGCGGGCUUCGUCAACCGGCGCAUCGCGCAGAUGCACGGCUACCGGCACCCGACGGGCGUGCACCGCUGCUCGUACUGCGCGAAGGUGUUCGACAACCGCGUGAAGCUUCGCGCCCACGAGAGGGCGGUGCACGUGUGCUUGAACAAGCGCAGCCGCUGCGGCCACUGCGGCGAGCGCUUCUCCGACUACACGAAGAAGCGCGAGCACGAGGUGAGCCGCCACGGCGCCAAGCCGCUGGUGCUCGCCUGCUGCGCGUGCGAGCGGACCUUCGACAACCAGCGCACGCUGUCGCACCACGUGAAGACAUACCACCUGAUGGGACGC